CAGGGGAGGAACAGGUACGGAGGGAGACCGAGGGAGGUGGAGGCAGGCUGAGGCUGGGAGAGGGUCGGUCGAGGGAGGAGAGAGGGAGUGUGGCUGUGGCAGUAGUAGCGAGCGCCGUCCACCUGGCACGCUGAAAGAGGCACCGUGGUCCUGCUAGUUGGGGAGCCAGCCGCCGGGACGAGCCAUGGUCAGUGUGUGUGCCUCCUGACCCCCUCCCUCCCCCCACCACCAUUGCAGAUUUUGAUGGUAUGGGUUUCGACUUGACACGAUUCCAAGGGGAGGUGGACGAGGAGUUGCUGUGUCCAAUCUGCUCCGAGGUGUUAGAGGAGCCCCUCCAGCUCCCCUGCCAGGCUCCCUCGUGUGAACAUGCCUUCUGCAGCGGAUGCAUCAAUGAGUGGCUCUCCCGACAACAGACUUGUCCUGUUGACCGCCAACCAAUCACUUCCUCACAACUUAAAUCAGUCCCCAGAAUACUACGCAGUUUGCUUUCAAAGUUAUACAUUUCCUGCGACAACAAACCCCACGGCUGCACCUCCAUUGUGAAGCUUGACGCGUUAACCUCACACCUGGAGGAGUGUGAGUUCAACCCCAAGCGCCCGGUGCCUUGUGAACAGGGGUGCGGCCUCAUUAUACCUAAGGAUGAACUAAAGGACCACAACUGUUUGCGUGAACUGCGAAGUUUAAUACAAAACCAGUCUGGCAAAAUAGCUGAACUACAACAGGAACUUGCAGAAAAUAAAUACCAGCUCAAUGAACAGAAGAGAGAAAUUCAACUCCUCAAGGAUUUCAUGCGUGCCAUGAGGAUCAGCAACCCUCAGAUGAGAGCAAUAGCAGACCAGAUGGAGCAGGAUGAGGUGGUGCGGUGGGCCAGCUCCCUAGCCCGGGCAAGAGUCACCCGCUGGGGUGGCAUGAUCUCAACUCCUGAUGCCAUGUUGCAGUCUUCCCAACAGGCUGUGAUUCGUCGGUCCCUGAGUGAGUCAGGGUGUCCGCCUCACAUAAUAGACCAGCUCAUGGAGAAUGCCCACGAGCGACGCUGGCCGCCGGGACUGUCCACGCUGGAGACUAGACAGGUAAUGAACCGGAGACAUUAUGAGAGCUACAUCUGCAAGCGAGUGCCUGGGAAGCAGGCAGUGGUGGUCAUGGCGUGUGACAACCGACACAUGAAUGACGACAUGCUGCUGGACCCCGGCCUUGUCAUGAUCUUCGCCCACGGUAUUGAGUGAAGAGCUUCUGGUGCUAGUAUGCAGCUUUUUGCUAAUGUAAGAUGAAGUGUCAGACCAUGUCUGAGAGAGUCUGUUACUUGUGGAGGACUGAAAAGCUCAGAAAUAAGCUGUGCUGUUUCUGUUUUUUGUGUGUGUUUGUGUGUGUCUGCCUGAAUGUUUGCAGAGUUCAAAAAGGAGGUUUUGGCUCCAUGGGAUUUGAAGAUUUGAAAAAACAUGAAUGGAAUUUAUGGAUUUUCUGUCUUGCCUAAAGAAAUAUAGUGUGCUCUAUCUUCUUUCAAUUUGACUGAGUUGCUUUGCAUAUCAUUUCAAGUCACACUUUACAUAUUGAUAAUUUUGGAAAAAUGGAAAACCACCAACAGAAACUACACAGAGUAAACAUGGAGAAUGACUCCACAGUUUUUUAUUGUUGCUGGUUAUUUGUGACAUUUAAUUUCAAAUCCUGGAUGCAGUCUUUUCUCUCACAUUCAAUAUCAAAGUUCCAGACAUGACUUGAGAAUUGAAAAAUUGUUAACGGCAUGGCAUGUCCCAUGUCCAAUGUUCUGUGCUAUCAAUAUUCCAUUUUGAGUUUCUGCCAUUGAAAAAAAUUACCAAAAAUGUUUAUAUUGAAGAAUGGUGGUUGGCAUGAAUUGGUUAUACAUAUUGAUGUGUCCUCAGUUCCACAAGGAAGCCUCCAGCCAUCCAGGAAAGCUAGCAGAAACACACACACUCAUGACAGUGUACACUUCAAUAGCAUACAGAACCACCUGCUCAUAAUUCAUACGCACAAAUGUUUACAUGUGGCAGUGGUUAAAGUGGUUGCAGUAUUGGGGUGUAGCGUGUGACACUAGUGGGAGGGAAGGGAUCUUGUGGGCAAUGCAUAGAUUGCAUUCAUUUGUUAUCUCUUGUAAGGGGAAAAUAAAUUACUACACUAGAGAAGAAAUUCAGUGCCAAAGGUGACAUGAAGGAGGGACACCUUGGGUGACUCCUGCAAUAACUUUAUGAUGAAGGCUUUCCUCGAUCAAAAUUUCAAGUACCACACAUAAUGGUACCAGGUUAAGAAGGAUAUAGGCAAGUGUGUGUGUGUGUGUGUGUGUGUGUGUGUGUGUGUGUGUGUGUGUGUGUGUGUGUGUGUGUGUGUGUGUUUAUGUAUAUGCACAUGUGUGUGUGUGUGUGUGUGUGUGUGUGUGUGUGUGUGUGUGUGUGUGUGUGUGUGUGUGUGUAUGCAUGCAUAUGGUGCAAUGCAUGCAUGCACAGUCAACUAAUGCCAAUCUCUUACCUAGAGCUAUGUUGACAUGUUUUGUAUAUAAUGUCCAGAUAGUGUACAUAAAGUCUCAUUAGUCGGCCAGCACUACAUACAUUGCAUAGUGUGGCGGUCAUUCCCCCGGCACUUAUUUAAUUGGUGUGCAGUGAGGAUGCUCAGUGGUAACAGCCCAAGUUGUGCAGGUCAACCCAGCAACUUACUGCAAUGGAGGUUGUGAACUUUUUAUGAAGGUACAUUGCUCCAGCAGUACACUGUAUGGAAGUAGAAUUGUGAAGCCUGAAAUAUUGAACACCUUUUGAGUAUUACUUUACAUAUUUGUCAUGAAGGUUUCACCUCAUGUAAAUGUCAUACUUAACUAAGGUGUGUAUUUCCAUAGAGGAGAAUAGGAUGUUGAUGAGCAUGUAUCAGUUCUUGCAUCAAACAACUCUCCUUGUGUGUUACUGCUGACUGUACAUUUAAUUCAUGUAUAUGUGGCACUGAAUUGAAAUGUUUUGAUAUUACCAUAUCAUCUGUAACAAGAUGAAAUGGCAUAUACUUCGUGUAUUAUGUUCUCCAUCAGAUGGAGAGGAUUUUUGGCCAGAUUCUUAAACAGUACCUUCCACCUUCAAUGAAGGCUACACAGUGAUGUGGCCUUUGUGGUAGUCCUAUUCUUAAAUGUUGCCCUCCCUUCCUUGCUCCCUUCCGUCUCAAAGGUAAUGGAGGUGGUGUAUUGGUAAAGCUGUGCAUCUCUCUUGUCCGAGAAAUUAUAAAAUUAUUAAUUCAUCGUGAUUUGUCACAUGAUAUUAUAUGCCAGAAACAUUAUCCCAUAUUCAUACAUUAAUUUUUAAUGCAUUUAACAAAAUAAACCAUGAGUAUAAUUUGGUGGUAGUUGGUGGCAGUGUUUGCUUACCGUCACCUCAGCUGCCAGCCAUGCAGUCCUGACCUGACUUGACUUGACUUGACCAGUCCAGACUACGCUGUCUCACCGUUCCACCACAGGCAACAUGGAAAAUUUUAUGAAGAGAACCAGCCCUAUUACUGCUAGAGAGUGAUUCAUUAUUAGACUUGGUGAGCCAGGAAAAGUGCUACUAAAUAAAAGCACAGAUGGCCCUAACACAGGAGAGAAUUACCACUUCAACUGUGCAGCCUAUGGGAAGAGAGCAGUCCACCAGCUAUCUACAUAAAUGGGUACUUACAAAGCAAUAAAGACAUGCUACUGAUUGUACGCUAAGUAGAAUUCUGAUACAAAACUUGGGAGAUGGAGAUGCGAUGAUUGAAGCUGGCGGCGGCAGCAUUGUUGUUGACAGUUGUUUUUUCUACUUCCUGGGUUUAAUUCUGAUUAUAAUUUUUGUAAAUUAGGCUAUUUGAACAAUAACAUAUAUAUUUUUGUUUCUAAAAUCAUUCAAUACAUAAAAAUUAAUAAUAAUAAGUAUUUAGGAAAAAUUUAUGCAAAGGUAAUGACGAAGACAUGGGUCUUGGUUCACCUUCGCCUGAGCAUUGCCUUCCCAAGCCGUGGGAAGAUGGCGUUCACUUUUAAGAAUACUGAUUUUUCCCGGAUGGUAUCCUUCAAGUGGUGAAGGUGGAAGUUAGUAAUUAAGAAAUCUGACUGUUUGUACCUAAAGUUUUAAAGAAAAUACUAAUGUAUGAGUGAGCAAUACCAUUGUCAUUCUGAUGCAGUAAAGCUUAGAAAAGAAUUUCACGAUUACUGGAUGGUCUUGUUAUUUAUACUUGAUAGCAUUCUUGGUGCAGCACACUAACUGUUUAUUUGUAGAGAAAACUACAUCCUACAGCCUGGCUUUCUUUUAUUGCUAAAUAUCUUUUUUUUUCUGCUUUGUUAUUGUAGUGCUUAUUGUGUCAUAUUGUCAUAUUGUCUCCCCCUUGUGCUUCUUGCCUCUCCACCUACACUAUUCACCAUCCAAACUGUUCAUCCUUUCUCCACAUUCUCCUUGCAUGCAUCAUCUAUCCUACUCCCACCUUUCCUUCACUUUAAACAGUAAACAAAAUCAAAUUAUGCCCACAGACCACAUGAUUACCACAAUGAUGGUGUCCAAUGGUGCACAAGGUGCUACAUAUACACUCUCACACUAUUCAGAUACCUUUUGUUAACAGAAAACACACUAUUAAGCUUCCUGCAGUAACGUGUGUAUUUUCCUAGUUGUAGUUUUACAGGACCUGGGCUUUACGCUCGUCUGGCCCCGUCUCCGUGUGUGUGUGUGUGUGUGUGUGUGUGUGUGUGUGUGUGUGUGUGUGUGUGUGUGUGUGAAAUAACUGUCAUUUGGUUUUUACUAUCUAGUGCUGGCUGUGAGGUGGUUUAUUCCAGUUCUGUUGUGAUGUGUGAUUGUGGUGUGACAGAAACCAUUAUUGUUCACUCCUGCAAAGCCUUUAUAUUAUUCUUGUAACAUUCCUCAUUUCCAUGCACUGUCCAGCAAUGACAUUAUCUUGGUCUGAGACACUCCUAUGUGCUGCCCAGAAGUUAUAAUUUACUACUUAGAACUUUAUGAUGCAUUCUCAAUGUAAAAUAUUUUUUGUUUGAACAGAAAAUAAGUCAGUUGAAGAUUUGAGAGAAACAAGUAUACUAAACAUCUCAGUCUCUAGUGUUUGCAGUAGUGAGCUGGUAUGCACCACACAUCAUUCCUGUGUGCCAGUGUUUCAUCUUGGCAGUAAUGUAGUCUUUUCAACACAAGAUAUUCCUGCAGUAUGCACAGAUGGUAUUUAGUUAUUCCCACAUACGUACAACUUGCUACAUUCAUACUGCUGGAAGCACACCUCCAGUACAUGAUGGCAAUAUGUUCCUCUCAAAUGUUGCUGGCAGAGUAUUGAUAUGCCUUACUCACUGAUGCUGUAAGAUUAUCAAAUAACUAUCUAACAUAGUUUACAAAACUUGAAACUUUUCUAUGUGAAGCAGAAAGGGAAAAGAAAGGAGUUUGUUUAGUUCCCCUUGUUUAUGUUUUGUACUCUUUAUGUAUACUGUAGAUGUGCUGCUGCACCACAGGUGUCUUGCUUCUUACACAUUAAGUGCUCAUGUAAUGCCUCGGUGCUUCAUAGAACUUUGGUUAUGAUCAUUUACAAAUCUCAUUUUGUAGGAAUUGUAUGUAUUUUCAGUCACUUGGUGAAUUCUGACCAAUAACAGUCUUAGAAAUACAAAGUCUCUCUGAGGCAUUUAAGGCGGCUUAACCUUAAAAUGCUUUAUAAUUAUGAGGAAUACAUGGUGUUGUUGGUUUUGUAAAGUUUUGCUUGAGUUAUGCCAUGCCUUGGGAGAGAUGCCAGGCAGUCCCUGAGGGAGGCUGACCAACCAGGGAGAAUCAAAUACAUGCUGAUGUAUACACACUGAGAGUGUGGUAAAAAACUUCAAGUGGAAAUUAAAAAGGAAACUAAAUUAUUUAUUGCACAGUGACAGUGAAAAGUUUUUCCAUUGAUUGUGGAAAUGCAUCUCUACAUGUGCAAUAAUACCUAUUUGGCAAUUGUACAAAUUAUUGGUAUAUUAGUUCAAUCCUGUAUUUAGAAAAAAAGGUUUAGUAGAUUUUUUUCUUUUCUUUUUCUUUGGUGUGUAUUCAUAACAUUGUGUAAAUGUAUUGGAAUUUAGCAGCUGAUUGAUGUUCUUAUAUUAGGUAUUGUGAUGUUUAAAGCUGUGAUUUAUUAUGUUUUAGUUAAAAUAUAUUAGAUGUUGACAGUAGGAUAUUUACCUGAAUAUCCAAAGGAAGUGUUAUGGUGUUAUGAAAGAAGAGUUCCUCUGUACAUAGCCUUAGACUUGCAUUAGAGUGUUUGCCCUCAAGGGAAAACUGCAUCAGGCAGUGAUCUCAGCUGUGACAAAGACAAAACUGACUUGAGGCAAAUGUGCACGUAUCUUGAACUGACCUGGAACUUUGAAGAUAAGAUAUCAGUUAUCACCAUACCAGAACUGUCAAAAUACAAAUGACCCUUCCACACAGGCCACACAAGGGCUAGAAUAGCACACUGCAAUGGAGAACACAUGUUGCACCACACUAGUGGUUGAUCAAGAGGGCCAAGAAUGAACAGAAUCCAAACCUAAAUUACACUUGCCAACUUUGUGAACAGAAAAAAGAGGAAGUUUGCACUGUUAUGUAAUAUUGAGUAUCGUGCACCUCUAGCUGAUGCAGAGAAAGGAAGUGUUUGGAUGGAAGUGGAAUAGCAGCUUAGCAAUUAUUAGUGUGAUGCUCAAGAUGUUGCACAGGUUAUGUAGAACAGUGGCACGUAGUAGUAAAAAUAAUGUUGGGCACAUUUUCUGUUACAUAUUCAUGAAUGAAUUUAUAUUGUAUGUAUUUAGGUUACUGCUCAUAACCCUUCAUUUUGUAGCUUUCACUAGUUGUACUUAGAUAGUGCUAGAGUGCAUAGCCCUUGUCUCCUCCCUGAGUUUUGUACUUUCACAGUUCCUGCAGUUGAAUCAAGACUUAUUUAUUGCAGAUCCGUCCCACGUUAGCUUUUCAAUACCAGUAGGAGAAUAACUUCAGCAAUAGUUCUUAGCUUUACUCUUACAGUGAGUCUUUAGGAGUUUAUCUGGGGCUGGUGAUAACCUUGCUAGUUAGUGUGAAUGAGUCCUUGACAUUUCUGUACUUCAAGUAACUUAAAUUUUAUUUGCCACAUGUGCCAAUACUGUAAUUAUGUACAUUUCAUGAAAACUUGAUGCAACAAAUAUAUAUUUUUCAAUUGCAAAAGCUGAGAAUCUAGACUUUGAGGUAGUCUUUCAAAACUACAGUGUUUCAUCUCCGUUAACCAUGCACUGACUGCAUCUCUUAUGAAUGCCAUACUAUACUUGUUGCUGGUGUAUUCUCAGGUGGUAUAAGUGAAGGAAAUUAAUACCUGUAUAUAUCCAACCUUGUAAAUUACUUGCUAUCUUUUAUUCACUCAGUAGCAAUGUUAGUGUAAACAUGAACCACACACGCACUCCCAACACCCGACACCCCGCAGCUGCAGCGACCAGCGACUGGGUGAAGUAUUAAUGUGCCCCCUAACUGCACCGAGUGACUAGCAAUGUCUUUCCAGUGAAAAAAAAGAAAAAAAAUAUUGUGCAAGGACAUUUCUAACCUGCUUACAUACACAUAGAUGCUCUACUUGUUGUCAUAAGAGUCUACAGAUGUGCUUGUAUAAAACACUAGCCUCUCUCAAAGUCAUGCAAGGUUUCUGAUGCUCAACAUCCCUUCUUCUGUGUCUCAUUCUCUAAGAAGUACAAAAUACUAGAGGAUGUCAAAGUGGACCCAUCACAUGUUUGCAUUUUCCAACUGAGUUCUUCUUACUGAAGGGUUAUAAGAAGAGCUGGAGUGUGUUUAUAUUUGAAAUAUUGUGUUAUUUCUAGGAAAUAUCUGUUGGUGAGAUAUUCUUGCCCACAAUUACGCUGGAAACACCACUCAAGCUUACAUGAAUACCGAGUGGUGGACGUGCAUUCCAGGAUGACCGAAACAUUCCAUUUAACAUUCUACAAAGCUGAUCAAAAUGCUGCUGUUUAUUAAGAAGAACCAUACUGACUUACUCAGUACAGUCUUGUUAGAUACUGAUUAACUAUUUACUUGUGCAAACUUUUAAAUUUGAUUUCUAAUCACAAGCUCAUGAUGUGAAAUGUUUGAUUUUAUGGUUAUUGUUAUUACUAAUUGUCAUUAUUACUGUUAUUAUUAUUACUAUUAUUAUUAUUAUUAUUAUUAUUAUUAUUAUUAUUAUUGCUACUGUUGUGUGAAUCUCAUGAAGUACUUUUCUGUGAGUUAUGAAAUGCUUGUAUCAUCAAAGGAAGUUGUACAGUAGAACCUCAGAACACAACAAUCUUUGAGCUUAAUACUUCUCAAUAUUCUAUUGACAUGUUCCAACACUCCUCAGUGACACACACACACACACACACACACACACACACACACACACACACACACACACACACGAAAACUUGAUAAAAACUAAUUCCCACAAGGACUGAACUUAAAAUAAAAACAUUAGUCCAACUCAAGACUUUAAUGAGGUUCUACUUCUUACAGUCUGAGAAGAGGAAUUUCUGCACACAUCUCAACAAUUGGGUUUUAAUUACAGAAUUACACCUGUCUCACUGUCAGACAAAACCAGUUUAAUUUACAUCAGUGGCACAUACUGCAUACUUCACUGUCAAAUACAUAGUUAUUACUACGAACACGGUUAUUUUUACAUAGGUCACAAUGGGUUAAGUAAAAGAAAGAAGUGAUUAUAGUGAACAUUUGCAUUUGGUUGCUUUCAUUACAAGUUGACACAGUAAUCACUUACAAACAAAAAUGAAACUUGCUGCUAUUACUGACCAGACAGGAAGAAAAUGGUUCUAUCUGUCAAAGUGAGACAAGUGGUUCUGUUGGUUUACUGUUUUCUUAUGUUUUGGGUUUGGCAGAUAAAUUAUUACUGUCAUCUUUAUCUGUCAGUUAAUUGCACCCAUUCCAUAAACAUCAAAGAAGUCAGAUGAAUGGUAAAAACAAGACUAGAUAUUUGGCCAAUUGGAGUUUUGUGUUUUUUUUUUUUUUUUUUUUUUAAAGAAUGUACAUAAUCAUUCACAAAAAAAAGUGAUUUCUUAGACCCAUGUUAGAUGUGGAGUAAUAUUUUGUGAUAUUGUAGACUUAAAAAGAAACUGCUGUAAAGAAUGCUGCUGAUCUCAACCCUUACUGCUGCCAGUGUCUUGGGAACAUCUGGCAAGUUUUUUUUUUUAAUUAUCAUUUUUUGCUACUUCUCACUUAGAAAUGCUGUACGAAAGUUCAUUCAAACUAAUAAAAAAAAAGUAUGAACGACAGCUAGUUUCCUGUUCUUUCAAAAAUGUUAAUUAUUAUUAUUAUCAUUGUUUUAGACUAAGGCGAUGAAACUUGGAACACCACGUUUCUUAAUGCCAGUGAAUAUGAAAUAAAUAUGUACAAAUUGAA